AUCCCUUCUUCUGUUCCUUCCUCCCUCUAUUCCUUCCCCCAUUUCUUCCUUCUUCUAUCCCUUCCUUUAUUCCACCCUUCCUCUGUUCUUUCCUUUAUUUCUUCCUCCCUCCCUCCAUUUCUUCCUCCCACUAUUCCUUCCUUUAUUUCUUCCUCCCUCCAUUCCUUCCUUUAUUCUUCCCUUCUUUUUGUCUUUCCAUUCUUCCUUCCUCACCAAAUUCCAAUCAAAGGGCACUUUCUUUCCUCCUUCAGUAGGGUUAAGAAAGGCUUCCUGCCCCUAUUUUUUUACCCGAAAUAACACUUUGGCCCCUUCUACACCUCAGGUAUUUUUUUAAAAGCCUGAUGCCUUCCUUUCCCCUAUAAGAGAGAAACCAUUUGAGCAUUUCUCCUCACCUAAUACCGAUUUCCUUCUCGUCCCUCACCCACUUGACACCCAUUUUCUCGACUCUCUCCCACACCAACAGAGCCCCUUUAUGUAUUCAUUCUUUUCCCCCUGAGCCUGUAAUGGUUGUAAAUCAAUGGCUCUUUUUUAAAAAAACGCCUUUCCUCGUCCAAGUCCUACGUUGCAGGUAUUAAUUCCACCCCAGUUCUCUCCCUGAUGUGUGCAUCCAGGCUUGUAAAGGACCGACGGAGGUGUUCCAUGUUUCCACACAAGUCUUGCCACCAGUUUGUUUUUAUUGCUUUCCAUUCUGCAUGUGCUGGUCCAUGUGCACAUGAUCUUCCCUGCCCAAAUCAUUACAAUUGCCCCAGCUUUUAAAAGGGGAUUUUAAAGUUUUCCUGCCCACAAGCAACUGUAACCCUAAUUUUACUUAUCCACUUAAUAGUGCACCCUAUAAAUCCUCUGGGUGUUAAUUCCUGUCAAUUCCUAUCUUAUACUGUGACCUCUUUAUCUAUUUUUACAGGGGGAAACUGCACAGCAGGGGAGUGUUUGUUAUUCUCCAAAUUGAGAGAGGUUUUGUUGAUUCUCCCUUUCCCCCCAGAAAUUGACUCAUUAAAGCAUCUUUUCUCUAAUUCCAACACAGGUUGUGUUUACUUUCCUUCCUAUAGAGACAACAACAAUUGUUUCCCCUGUCCUAUCCUUUAUUCUUCAUGGUCCAUACAGGCACCUUCAUUGGUCCAUCAAGAGUCUGUUCUCCUUGCAUUUUUGCUGGAGGGGGACAGGCCUGGAAAUUUGGGGAGCCUUUUCUUUCCCAUUGAAGGGAGCUAGGGAAGGACUGGAGGGAGGGGUGUGUUUCAUCUCUUAAGUAAUGCCUCUAAAGGGCAUAUGAGAAGAGAAGAAGGACCUGCCCCACUAACAUCCACACACCUUGCAGAUCUAACCAUGGAAUGCGUGCAGGUUUCUCCCAUGCAGCAGCAGCAACAGCAAGGAAAAGCUGCUGAUGGGGACCGGCUCUUGCUGUUACUGCCACCUCCUGCAGUGCAAAAGGAAGAGGAAGUCAUGUUGCAGGGUUCAGACCCCUGGGCUGCCACCCAGACAGACAGCAGUCAAGCUUGUGUGCAGCUUCAAGAUGCUUCAGAUGGUUUGCAACACCCUGACAAUGCUGAAAGUCUUCACUCCCAGCACAAUCCUACCAUUCUGAGAAGUUCUUCUGGCAGAGAGAUGGUGGACCAGUGCACUGCAUGUUUGUUGAAGGAGGAUUUGAAAAAGACUGUAAGUUGUGAUGGAGCAGAAGAGCAGUUGCAACCAUUGGGGAAAGAGACUCUGAGCCACCCGCUGCAGGAAGAGUCACCGGUGAGCCAGGGAUCUUGUAGUAACCUUCCUUUGGUGGCGGAGUCCAUUACAAAUGUCCGAGAAUGCCUUAAGGACAGUGAAGAAUCUACUCAGCAAAACAACCAUUUGCCAGAAAAAUUGGUUUCCCCUUCUCAGAACUGUUGUUUAGGCAUAGAAGGAACAAGUGGAGACAAUCCAGAAGAUGACCAAAACAGCCAAGGUUCUCCACCGACUGAAGAUGACAAACUCAAGCCUGGGGCAAAGCAUGUCACGUUUCCUUCAGAUGAGGACAUAGUCUCUGGUGCUGUGGAGCCCAAAGAUCCAUGGCGGCAUGCUCAAAAUGUGACGGUAGAAGAAAUUCUCACUGCCUACAAGCAGGCCUGUCAGAAAUUAAACUGCAAACAGAUACCCAAACUCCUGAAGCAGAUCCAGGAAUUUAAGGACCUGACACCCAGGAUAGAUUGCCUGGAUCUGAAAGGGGAGAAGUUGGAUUACAAGGCUUGUGAGGCCCUGGAAGAGAUAUUUAAACGCCUCCAGUUCAAAAUAGUAGAUUUGGAGCAAACGAACCUAGAUGAAGACGGUGCCUCAGCACUGUUUGAUAUGAUUGAAUACUAUGAGUCAGCCACACACCUCAACAUUUCCUUUAACAAACACAUUGGCACUCGAGGUUGGCAAGCUGCUGCGCACAUGAUGAGGAAGACAAACUGUCUCCAGUACUUGGAUGCCCGUAAUACGCCGCUGCUGGAUCACUCUGCACCGUUUGUGGCUCGUGCUUUGCGCAUCAGCAACAGCCUGACUGUCCUGCACCUGGAGAAUGCAAGCCUUUCAGGACGUCCCCUCAUGUUGCUAGCGACGGCUCUGAAAAUGAACAUGAACUUACGGGAGCUUUACCUUGCUGACAAUAAGCUGAACAGCCUUCAGGACUCAGCGCAGCUUGGCAACCUCUUAAAAUUCAACUGUUACAUUCAGAUCCUGGACCUGAGGAACAACCACAUCCUGGACUCAGGAUUGGCGUACAUCUGCGAGGGGCUGAAAGAGCAGCGGAAAGGCCUUGUCACGCUGGUGCUGUGGAACAACCAGCUGACUCACACUGGCAUGGCCUACAUGGGAAUGACACUGCCUCAUACCCAGAGCCUUGAGACCCUCAACCUGGGGCACAACCCCAUUGGCAACGAAGGUGUCCGCAACCUGAAGAAUGGGCUAAUCGGCAACCGCUCGGUGCUCAGGCUGGGUCUGGCUUCAACGAAGCUGACCUGUGAGGGAGCUGUGGCGGUAGCAGAAUUCAUUGCGGAGAGCCCUCGCCUGCUUCGGCUGGACCUGCGGGAGAAUGAGAUCAAGACAGGGGGACUCAUGGCCUUGUCUUUGGCCCUGAAGGUCAACCACUCCUUGCUCCGGUUGGACCUCGACAGGGAGCCCAAGAAGGAAUCGGUGAAGAGCUUUAUUGAGACACAGAAAGCCCUCCUGACGGAGAUCCAAAAUGGCUGCAAGCGCAACUUUGUUCUAGCCAAAGAGAAGGAAGAGAAGGAGCAAAAACUCCAGCAGUCUGCCUCCAUGCCCGAAAUCACGGUGACAGCGCCCUUGGAAGAGGGACCGGUGGAAGAUGAGGGGCAGAAUGGGAACCUGGCAUCCACCCCAGAAGAAGGGGAGGACGUUGGGGAAACAUUAACAUCCCAAGAGAAUGGGGCAGCAGAGGAGAAAGUCACUGUAAAUAACGACAAGUCAUCUGAUUCAGAUUCAGACACCGAGGAAGAGGAGGAGGACAGACUAGAGAUGAAGGAUCUUUCUCGUUCUCAGAAGCACAGCAGUCUAAAUCAUAUUGAUGAGUCACCCAAGCUACCUUCUCCCGAAAAGACUAAGGAGGCCCAUAGCUCUGAAAACACAGUUACCCCCUUGAAUGUUCCCGGGGAAAUCAAAUGUGAAUCUAGGGGGGUUGUGGGAAAUGUGUCUCCAUCGCCAGCCACUCCUCCUGGCAAUGAGAGGCGAAUAGCAGUCUCUAGUCCUGGGCGAGGCCAUAAAAUCUUCGUUGUGACGCGUGUAGAGAGCCUGCCUGAGAAAAAGGACGAGUCCAACGCACGGCCAGAGAACUCUGUCACUCUCCAGGGAGUCCCCCCAAAGCAGAAUAAGCCCCCAGCCCAAUCUCAUCCCACAAAAACUGAAAACUCAGAUGGGCCAAGCAGUGGGCCUGUGUCUGAGUUGAGGGCCAACUCUGAAACAUCUCCUUCUACCCCAAGUUCCGAUUCAGGGUUGGAAAAGAUGGACUCUGGGCCAUGUGAGAGGACGACUCAUCAUACUCUGUUGCCCAAUGGACUAAAGACAGAGUUUCUCCAUGCACUACCAGACACGUCCUUAGGGCGUGAGGGGAAAAUUGCCAGUUGUGCGAUAGAACAUGAGCUGAACUGUUCCAAGAAUGAGAAGGAGCUGGAGGAAUUACUCUUGGAAGCGAGCCUAGAAAUGGGACAGGAACCAAUGUGACACUUUAGUUCUGGGCCCUUCUGUGUCAAAUAGGUUCGGUUUGGGAAGUGACUGUCUAGCUUUAUUCCCUCCCUGCACCAUGUGACUCUGAGGAUAAAAAAAACUGACUCUGCAACACAGAGGCAAUGCAACCCACUUUCCAGACUUCAUUCCCUCCCUCACCUUCACAUUCUUGAUGUCUUCCCACUGAGAAGAGAGGCUGUACAGCCCAGCUGAUCAGGAUUCGAAAGGAUUGAAAAGAAUCAUCCUACAGACUCUUGACACUUCACCUGCUUUGGGUUUCUCGCUCCAAAAUGCAAACUGGAGCACUUGUGGCAUGUUUUUUAUUGCUGGGAUGACUCUUCCAAAGGUAGCCACGAGGAGACUUCCAGACUUUGAUUUGACAGGCUGGAAUCCUCUUUCCAGUUUAAAAGGAGAGGAAACCCAAGAUGUGGACCGGGCCUGUGUUUCAGCUGUCUCUGCAUUAGACGUGCAACAGUUUCCCACAAACACUAAGAGAGAAGGGCAACUUUCCUGGAUCAAGACGAUAAAGCAUUAUUGUGUUCGCAGCCCACCUCGUGGAGAGAGGUCUCUCAACCAGGCAAAGACUACUGAGGCUGCCGGCCCACAGCACAGACUACUAUUUAUUUUCAUUUUCAUUCCCUCCCCCAAGUUUCCCUUCUUCUUAGUGGCACCUCCUUGUUUGUUCGUCUUUGAUUUGGUGUCUAUUUAUAAUGGAAUGGGAACAGUUUUACCUUUGAACGGCAAUCCUUUCAGACUGACGGGGCAUUCGUCCACGUUUUUGGAGAGCCACUUGCCUCUUUCCAUGGGGAAAAAGAACUGUUUUUACUUUGCAAAAAAAAGGAAUAACAUUAAUGGGAGGGAAACUGUGGGCAUAGUGGGGGACCGGUGAUGGGACAUGGAGAGAGAGGGCAGCAGCGGGAGUGAGGCAUGGGUAGGGAAGCCUUCUUCUGCAUUGACGGGCGACUUUUGCCUAUGAGCGGGCAAGCUGCUGUCGUUUAAGCCGCUUUGGCUUCUCUUCAUUUUUAGUGGGCGGGGAAAACAAGGCAAGCUCCUGCACUUCCAAGGAAAAGCUCUCUCCCACCCCCUGCAAAGCCAUACCAUGACUACCUUUUGGACAAUGGGGGAGAAAGUGCAUAUGGGGCAUUUGCAAAUACAGUAAAACUGACGGUAAAGCUGUCCUAGCAGGAGAGGCCAAGGUUGUUUGGGUCUUCAUCCCUCCCCUUUGCCAUAAAACCGACAUGGAAAAACAUGAGGAUGCUGCUGGUCUGGGAGUCUCCCCACUGUUUCUGAUCCGAACACCAUGUUGCACCAUGUCUGUAGCAACAGUGAGUGAGAAUGUAGCUUCAGCGACAGGCAGCCGGCUCUCCCUUCACUUGGCCACAGAUUACAACUGUCCUGGAACCAGGCUGAAAUCUUUCACUACCAAAAUUGGUUGUCCUUCCUUUGGGAAUCUGGGGCAGGGGUUAGGAUGGGAGGGACAGGAGCAUUGUGUCCCCAGUUUAAAACAUGAACUCUCCCUACCCCCAUUUUGUUCCUCAUGGGGAGAGGCUCCAAGAUUAGUGACUGCAAGGUAGGCUCCAUCAGCCGUGUUUGGAAGAUGGAAGAUGCAGCUUCUGCCAAAAAGUGUAUGCGGCGUACAGGGGUGGGGUGGAUCCUUUUUUAAUUUCUCAGGGAAGGGCUUUUUGCAGCAGCCCCACUUCCCUGGGAUGUCGUGCUCUUGCCCUCAAGAGAUAAGCCAAAAUACCAAGGACUGUGAGCAUAGUUGGUGGAGCUUGCCUGCGGGGUCUCUCCUUUCCCUCUUUCACUUCUGUGAUACAUUUGGGCUCAAUAAGAGAGGUUUGUUACAGAAAGCUUGGAAAGUCUAGGUCCAAAUGACCUCUCGAGUAGCAGCAGCAGAGGCUAAAAUAUUCCCCCCCCCAAAAAAAAAAAUGUGUGGAAGUGAAAUCUUCUCACCAGGGAGGGACUUAGGGCAGAAGAGUGAGGCCUGUGUUAGCUGAUGGGGGUUUCAAGGAAAGGACCACCCCUUUGAUUCUAAACAAAUGACCAGAAACACAGGUGCUCUUUGAGCUCUUGAAAUCCCUUUGCGGUCUCCUCCCUUUAUUUCUCCUCCCACCACAAUACUCCAAUCUGUAGUCUGCGACUGACUACAUUGCCCCUCUCUAUAUAAAGCAAAAUCUCAGCGGGAGAUUUAUGGUACUAAUCCCGUCAUUGAAUAAAGAACGAGGAGUCUCUUUUUUCCCUCCAUGGACAGAAGGAAAGGCCUCUCCUCACCCCCCCCCCAAAAAAAACACAAAAAAGUAGGGGGAGUCGGCUGUUGGGUAGAUGUAGAAUUUCAGAGCUUUUUACUUUAUUAAUUUUUUUUCUUAAGUGCAAUAAAAUCUUUUAUCAGGGAGCUGGAGAGGGCACUUUUCGCUGCAUGGAGAUUUCAGGCUGGAGAGGCAGGAACACAACUGUGUGCCCUUCAUCUUGCUUAUCCAUGAUUCUCUCUUUCAACACACAAAAACACACAUAACACAACCAAUUGAGAUAUAUACACACAUACUGAUACAAAGAGUUUCUGCUGCGUGAACACUACAUUUACAGAAAAGAAAAGAUGGCGCCAGUUUGAUUUUGUGUUCUUUUUUUUUCCUUUUUUUUUUGAGCUAACGUUUGUCAUUCCUUUCUGUUGUGUGUGGAGUUUUAUUUUUGUUGAGAAACUGUCUUCUAUUAAAUGAAAAGCUGCAUUCAUUA